GUCACCAGUGCUGCGCGAUCAGCUCUCUUGAAUGGUUCAUGUGUGGCUACGCUAAAAACUUUUUGACGUUUCGUUAAUUGAUAAAACAUGCCCAUCUAUUUACAGUGACGUUAUGUGAAACAAUUUUUUAAACGUACAUUGGUGAAAAACAGUAUUUGAGUUCUACACGGGUGAAUAAAACAAGGUAUAAAAUAUAGAAUCGAAUCGGAACAUGUACAGUAUAGCAGCAAAUAACUUCAUAGUGGCUCUAAAAGUGAACGAAAAAUAUUCCAGUAGCAAUCAUAAAGUGCUUAAAGGUAUCAGCUGAUUGAUUGAAUAGGUGUCACUAGCUGACACAGAUAUGGUGUUUCAUAGUUGAGGUUAUAACGGUGUUGUAACAAUACCUAUACAACCAUGGAUUCGAAUAUACACUGAGUGAAGUGCCGGGAGUGACGAUGGAAGGUGCCAUACUGAGCACCGCGAGUAACAACAGAUUCACUGCUCACUUCAAGAAUGCUGCCAGCGCUCUGUGCGCUAGGACACUGCCGAAACAGCGGCGGGCCGAAGUGGUGGCUCCGAUCACCGCGCGCCACCACACCUACCCUCGGGCGACACCCCCCAAGCGCGCGCCCAUCUCAUGCCGCAUGGAGCCCCUCAUUUGCGACUCGGUCCAACAGGCCAUGGCGGUCGAGCAGCCUCAACCUAUCCAAUAUGAUGUCAUCGACACUCACGCGCAUAACAGACCGAAUGGAACGGUGAAAUUAAAAGGAACACUGGCCAGGGAAGUGGCGAGUGCGUGGGGCAGCCGCGUCGGCCCCCCCGACCAGCCGGCGCCCGCCGACCGCAUUCAGAGCCUUUUCAACGACAUAGAACUCUACCCCACUAAGACCCAGGUGUUCGAGAUGCUGGUAUGCGCGCGGCAAUGUGCUCGUCGGAAAUCGCUGACGCUCACGUUCGGCGAAUUCUGCGUGUUCGCUGCCGAGCUGCGCCGGUGCUCGAGACAGGCCAGGCAGACAUCGAACAAACCCGAGUCGCCGGUGUGGAACGCCGACAAGGAGCUUCGGGAGAAGGAAACUAUUAAACAAAUAAACGGCAGCGAGGCGUCCCCGCCGCCGUACGAGGUGUUCCUGGGAGGCUCCUGCAACCCCACCACUUGGAGAUCGGACAUAGCCAUUCCGAUGCUGAAGAAGAUGGGCAUCACAUACUUUAACCCGCAAGUGGACGACUGGUCGACAGAGCUGAUCGAAGUGGAGCACCGAGCGAAAGCGGCGGCGCGCGCGCUUCUAUUCGUGCUCGAUUCGGAAACGCGCGCAGUCGCAGCGAGCGUGGAGGCGGCGCACUUAGCAGCGGCCGCGCCGACGGCUCUGCUGUUGGUACUCAGGCCGUACUCGCGCCACCAGACCAUCGGCCAGGAGAAGAUCACUGACCACGAAUACGUUGAGUUGUCGCGCGCUCGGGCGACGUUGCAAGAGGCGGUGGAGAGGCGAGGGCUGCCGGUGUUCACAGACAUACAGAAGGCUUUGUUGUGUGCGCGGUCCGUUAUACGCGGCGCGCGUACGCAUCCUCGCCACUUGUUAGGGUACACCAUACGGCGUUUGAAGAGGACUUACGACGCGGCGGGUGGCAGAAACGGACUUUUGCCUCGCACGAAAGCAGUCGACGCGUUGCGGGACGUCACAAAGUGCUCCCGCGAGGCGGCGGAGAGUUGCCUGCCAAGUACCGACGCGGUCGAUUUCGAAACUUUCUGCGCUGCGGUCGCUGAGCUCGCCGCCGACCCUGAGAGUCAAGAUCGUAACGGGCCGGACGCGGAGGCGCGGACAGAAAGAAAUGCGGGCGAACGCGUUUCGGACAGUGUCCGGGAGACCAACGGACUACACGUAUGCAACGCGCGACUUAAAGCGUACGGCAGGAAGCUCGGUUUAUUCAUUCCUAAGAACGGUGGCAACCGGCCGGUGACUGAGGGUGACAGCGGCGCGGUCACAGCGGCGACAUCAGAUAGCAGCAGUGAUUCUGUAUUCACGCCGGGCACGGAGCGGCGGUUGGAGCGGCUGCCGGCCAUGCUGGGCGCGCCCACGCACGACGUCUACCUCGCUGGAGCUUUCCCAUCGAACAGCACGCGGCCCGAGGAGAUACUAAGACGGGAGGGCUUCACGUACGUGAUACCACGUACCAACGACUACACGCGAAUGUUCUCGGCGCCCGCCCGGCGGUCCGCUCCAGCGCACCCGGAGUCCCCGCGCCACGACAAGAAGCCUCGCCCAUCGCCUUUGGCCACGCCCACAUCGCCGAAAGACGAGGUCCAGUUUCGAGAAAGAUCUGCAGCGGUAGAUCCGACGGAAAGGCUGAGCGCUUCUGACUUCUACACGGUCACCGAGGAUUCUACGCCGCAACCUUUCAAAGGAAUGUACGACGAGGAUCUGUUGCUCGGCUCGCGCAUCCUGGUGUUCAGCCUCAGCGCCGACGCGCCGUGCCUCCCCGCCAUGGUGUUAGCGGCGCACUACAUGGGCCUGCAGCGGGCCAACAUCGUGCUACUGGUGCAAACCAUGAGCCCUAACACGAUGUACAGCGAAUGUGCGAUCAAAGACUACAAUAGAGGGCGACACUAUCUCAUAGACCUGGCGCGGCGCUCCGGCGUACCUGUGUUCGAUGACGUAGAGUCCACGAUGGCUUUCGUAGUCGGCCGAAUGCGCGCGCUACAGCAAGCCACAUAGCACAUGCACUCACACCAUUGAGUAGAUAACGUACAGAGGAACUGCUAGAGGAACGUACUCGAGCAUGACCGAAAGGAGAUUCUUACAUUCCACCUAGAAUUUUUAUGAACACAAUAAAUAAUUUUAGUAAAAGCACCGCACCGAAAUACUGAGGAUACCCGAUGAUGAUUUAUCUCGCAAGUUGUUUUUUCAUGCGAGAAUCGAAUGGUUUCUCUGUACGAUAUGUAUUCGGUGUCGUGACAGUGCAACACAGUUAAAUGCCGCCUCUGUUUUCUAAUGCCAAUACGAAUUGGCCGGUCGAUUUACACUGCGCUAACAGCGCUCACAAGUUCUUUUACAUCUGAAUCUCACCCUUUAACUCUAUUGUUUGUUAUACAAACUCGUUGUUAUACGUAAUACACAUUCGAUGACCAAUCACAAAUGGAAUAAAGACAUCACAAAUCGAAGAGCGGCAAGGAGUCUCAUUACGCGUGUACUUAUUAAUUUCAAGACGUCUAGUUUAGUACAAAGAAUGUCUCUCUUUUAUUCAUCACUCUCUAUUGUAAUAUAUCUAACGUAAUUUAGGCACUAAAUUUUUAAUAUGGAUUCAACUAGAAGUUAUUUGAGCGAGAGCGAAAGGUGAUGGCGGCGAAUGUCGUGACGAGGAUGUAACAAAUCUCUGUGAUGAAUUUGUUUAGGAAAUUUUAAUAUUUGUGAAUUUUCAAUGCAUAGUUAUUAGUUAGUGAUUAUUAGUAGUAUUGUUACGCAGGCAGGUCCGGGUAGCAGUAUAACUUUAACUGAAUCUUAACAUGACAAUCGCACAUGUCGCCGUUGGUUGCUCCUAUUGCGUACAGGAGCGGUUAAAAGUUGUCACGUUUCACGCAAAUCACGUACCUUGUAGCACUUGAACCAGAUACUUAUUAGUGCAAGUACUGAUGACAUUCGUACAUUUGCAGUUUUGGGAUGUACACACGAGUGGUACAGUACAGUGGGUCUCUAGACGAUUCUCUCAAAUUAGAUCUUAAUUGUGGUAUAGUGUAGUGUCGAGCGCGAGUUGGCAUCACUACUGCUAAAGUUUUGGGAUAAAAGUACAAAUGUAUUGCUCAUGUAGCAAAAUUAAGGGUAUGUUGUCGUGUUAUGUGUAAUAUUUUAUGCAAUUUCUAAUAUAACAUCUUAUACUCAUUUUAAUAGCUGUAAUAAAAUUAAGAUUUCGGAGGAAUUUUCUUAAUAUGCAAAAUUAUACAAUUUAAUGCUUGCAAUUAAACUAAAACAAUGGCUUUCAAAGCCGCGAUUCCAUACCUAAUGUAGGUAUAGAAUAGAUAAUAUUAGGUAAUUUAGUUUAAAAUAUUUGACCCACUGUUUCUAAAAUAUUAAAAUUUUAUUUAAUUCAGCAAAUAUUAUUUGCUAGUCACACUACCCAUUAACAUGUCUAAGUACUUUGUUAUGUAAUGUUUGAUAGUACAAAUAUCUAAUUUAUAGAAAAAAUGUUUCGUAUGUAUAUCAAUUGUAAUUUUAUGCCAUGUACGCUUAUUUUAAACUAAAAACAUCACAUAUGUAAAUAUAGGAAUUUGUAAUUAA